AUGACCGGAAAUGAAGUAUAAUGGAAGCGACUAUUGCAUGCAAUGAUAUAGCCUGAAUGUAGCUGUGUGUGUGCAUAUGUGUGGAAGCGAGGUGAUUUGAGGAAAUAAGAAUGGCAGCACACGUUGUGUUUAAUUCUGCAAAUAUAUUGAAAUUAUUCGCGGCAAAUACGUAUACUGGGCAUUGUAUCAACGGCAUUAUUUACAAAAUCCAGGCAUGCGGAUAUGCCAAGAAACCCACCGCAAAAGGAAAAGGGAAAGGAAUGACAAAAGAGGUUCUGAAGGGCCCAGAUGUGUGUAAGGAUCCUGUGAAGUUAACAACUCAUGCUGUGGGGGUCAACAUUUUCAAAGAAGGCCAGGACCCCCCUCUGCGUCCUUUCGAGGAGUACCCUGAGUGGCUGUUCCAGCUGAAUCUGGGGCCUCCUAAGAAGUUGCAAGAGCUGGGCCCAGAGAGCCGCCAGUACUGGAAGGUUCUGCGAAAGGAACACAUGUGGCGCUUCAACAGGUUAAGCAAGGGCAAAAGAUUUUAAAGGACCUUAUCAGCUGAUUUUGCUCAUAGCUAUACAGACAAGCUCAGCCUGGACAUCAAGGCAUGGUCUUGUGGGACUUGACUUGGCUAGUUCUGAUGUUUUUACUUCUCAUGAAAAAAACCAAAUCUAGUCUGUCCGCCUUAGGCAUCCUUAGCCUGCCUGACAUUUUUGCGAAGUGGACUCGAAAGAUCGUCUUGUGGCCUGGGGUUCCUGAUGAUGGGGGGAAAAGUUUGUCAUGGUUUUCAGAGUUUGUGAAUGUCAUUGUAUUCUUCCUGUUUCCAACAAGACAAAUGUGGAUCUAACGAGGUUCCUUUAUAAAUAAUUUUAAUGUAAUGCUGGUGAUAUAAAAAUACUGUUUAAUAAGAUAAGAUAUAAAUAAGAUAUACUUUUAUUGAACCCCGUGGGGUAAUUUGUCCUCUGCAUUUGACCCAGUUACUUAGGAGCAGUGGGCCCUUAUGACUAUAAAUAAUAUAAUGGCUGAUGAAUAUCAUAAAAAGUGCAAGUUCUGGAAAUAGGUGAUGAUCACAAUAUUAGGACCUAUCCAAGAACACAAUGCAUAUUUCUUGUACGUGUACCGAUAUGGUGCAUUCUCCCAAGUAAUGUUUAUUGUUGCAAAGGAAAAUAAAGUACUUGUGUUCAUUACUGAAAACAUUUAACUUACAAAAACAUAACUUAGUACACGCUUUUAAAAAUUGACUUGUGCUGAAAAUAUUGCCCUAUACACAUUUACAUCUCUUACAUGAGCGGGUGUAGAACUGCAGCACAAUUGCAGCUAUUGUGUAAACCAUCGAGGGCUCUCUUGGAUGGCUCAUACAGAGUUUAUAUUACUGAGGCGGCUGCGACUUUUGCUAUAUACUCCGACAAGGUGAAGUUAAAUAUUUUCAACGGGAAAGAAUCGCGCGCUUGUACAGCUAUGAAUUAUGAAAAAGAGGAAGCAAUGAGAAAAGGGAACUAGAAUAUUUUGUCUUUCGAAAGAUUUUCAUAUUUUCAUUCGUUCUGUCAGAUGAGUUUACUUCCGAGAUUAUUUUUUCUAUGAGCUCUAGCACGGAUUUUCCACGCCUUCCCUCUCUUUAGAAACACGGACUUUCAUUUUGCGCGUUGUGGAUCAUAUCACCUUAGAUAAAGUUUGCAAACUUAAUUUACCAAAAUACAGGACUAGAUUGUUACGUUGGGUUUGUGAAAUUGCUAGCUGACUGGCUAGCAGGUCCCGGAAGAAGCGAGAAGAGGUGACUAAUCACAAACAGGCAGUGAAGUGUGCCCUUGACAGCUGUAGGUGAGAGAUGGGUGACUGGAAUAUGGGUCUGGGAACCCUGAGAGAGAGCGUACUUAGCAAACUGGCAGAUUUGCUGGACAACCCAAAUUGUGGCUGGAGACAACUGGCAGAUGCUGUCAAUAAGCAGCCCCAAUUUCGAUGCAGUGAAAAAGAGCUGAUUGGCUGCUCUGUCCAGGUGCUUAGCGCCAGGGGCAGCCCCAGCCGCCUACUGCUGGCCAAGCUGGCCGACCGCGCCUGUUCCCUGGGUUUUCUGCUGCAAUGCCUGAAGAAGAUUGAGCACCGGGAGGCUGUGCAGUACCUCACCACUAUAGUGAUGGAGCAAAUCCGGAUUACAGUGCAGCCGCAAUCCCAGCUGGUACCAGAAGGGGACAGAGUGGUGCUCCGCUGUCAGGCCAUUGGUUUCCCAGUUCUGGGGUACCAGUGGUUCAAAGGAAAAGAAGAGGUGCCACAUGGCAGUGCCCCAGAUCUGAUCCUAAACCAUAUCAGUCCGAAUCAGCAGGGAUACUACAUCUGCCGUGUGAACCACGGCGAUAGCUUUGUCUUCUCCCAGUGGGCCCAGGUCAGCGUGGCCAUGCCCGGGAACUCCCGCUCAGGGAGUGGACUGUGCAUUAUCCAGCAGCCCCGGAAUGUGACCAUCGCUGAGCGCGACUGCCUUUUUCUCGAGUGCCGGGCUGAGGGGAACCCCCCUCCACAGUACCAGUGGUACCACAACAAGCAGCCUCUGCUACUAGCAACUGCUACUAGCAAACCCAGCCUCGAGAUUCGCGCUGUGACCACUGCUGACCGUGGGAAGUAUAGCUGCAGAGUAUAUAAUCUCUACCAUGAGGUCUGGAGUGAGCAGGUCCACGUGGAGAUUGGUCCUGGUUCGCUCUCCUGGGAUGAUGAUGAUGAAGUGAGAGGUUUCCCUCCUGCCAGGCAGCUCAGUCAUUUCUAUGCCACAGACAAGGUGGCCCUCCUCAUGGGCAACAUGAACUAUCAGUACCACCGGCAGCUACGGGCACCCAUGGCCGACGUGCACGAGCUCACCAACCUGCUGCGCCAGCUGGACUUCAAAGUUGUCUCUCUACUGGACCUAAACCGGCAGGAGAUGCACAGCGCUGUGACCGAGUUCCUGCUCCUGCUUGACCGCGGCGUGUACGGAUUGCUGUACUUUGCGGGCCAUGGCUAUGAGAACUACGGGAACAGCUUCAUGGUUCCCAUUGACGCCCCUGCCUCCUACACCUCGGAACACUGUCUGUGGGUGCAGGACGUGCUGCAGCGCAUGCAGGAGCGCGAGACGGGCCUCAACGUCUUUCUGCUGGACAUGUGUCGCAAACGAAACCUGAAUGAUGACAUCAUCCCACAACCUGGGCCCCUGAAAGUGACAGCCAACAUUGUGUUUGGCUAUGCCACCUGUGUGGAUGCUGAGGCCUACGAGGUCAAUAAGGAUGACCUGUCCAAUGGGAUCUUCAUCAGCUUCCUUAAAACGCGCCUCCUUGCAGAGGAGAAGGUUACAGUCAUGCUGGACAGGGUGGCUGAAGAUAUGGGCCAGUGUGAGAUCACGCGCGGGCGCCAGGCUCUGGAGCUCCGCAGCAACCUGUCGGAGCGCCGGGCCCUGACCGACCGCAUUCAGAGCUCCGACUGCCCCGUGGCCACGUCGGCCCGGAACCUGCAGUGGGCCAUCGCGCACGUGCUCCCAGAAAGCCGGUUCCUGCUCUUUGAAUGUGGGGUGAAGGUGCAGCUGGGCUUUGCUGCCGAGUUCUCCAACAUCAUGAUCAUUUACACUCGCAUAUUGGAUCAGCCCCAGGACAUUAUCUCCUGUACUGCCCAGCUCUCUGACUUCUCUGAGGGUGUGGAUGUGGAUUUGAAGCUGACCAAUCAGGAGACUCCCCAGGAUGCAGGCAGUUUGCUGUUUACUUUGGAGACUGUGGACCGGCCAGAGGUCCCAAGACUCUAUACCCGCCUCAGAGCCCUGCAAAGACUCAAGAAGGAACUUAAGUUCACAGUGUGCCUUCAUUACCAAUACUCCAAUAUGGACGAAGAGGUGCAUGAAAAGCAAACGGUCACCGUAGGUAAACCACUGGUAGCUAAACUCAACCUCCACGAGCCACGACUGCCACGCUCAUUCUCAGCGUCCUCCUCCAGCGAUCUUCACACCUUCAGCAUACCGGAGUCCUCCUCUUUCCCAGAAGGCUUGGAAUCUAGUGUGCUGGCCUCAGAGACUUCCUCCCUCGGCUCCGCCUCUACCUGCUGGUCCUACUUCUCACAGACAGGAGAGGCUGCUGGUAAUGUAAAGCAGGUCAAUGUGCCUGAGGAGACCUUCAGCCCUGAGUUUCUUGACUCAGAUCAGCCCCAGCCACUCUAUGCUGAUUGCAAGAGCCUGCCACAUGACCGUUUAGAGGACCUGUCAGCUCAGUUCCGUACAAAACAGAAUUUCCACUCCUGCUAGACUUUGGUUAUGUAAAAGUAUCUGUUGUUUCACUCUUUGUUUUCCCUCCUGGUUUUAUUUAUAAAUGUAACUGACAUUUACUACAGAUUGUUACUACCACAAUUAUAGAGUAAAAAUGUAGAAAUAUAAUGGAUUUUUAUACUACUAAGGGAUUAGAGGGCAGCAGCACCUGCCAGUGCCACUCAAACCUGCUGCUUAACACUUUUACUGUUGUGAAGCUUUUGGUUGGAUGGUAAUUAUGGCAGUAAUAAUAUAGUCAUUUAGAAAUGACAUUUUGUGUCUGUGUAAAGACAGAUGAGGCUCUUGUUGUAGGCUUGGAGGAGUAUUUUGCUAAUUAAACGAACAGAUGUACCUGCAUCCUGUCUGUAAGUGAAUUUGUCCAGCAAAUUCAUAAUAAAUGUGAUAUUAAAGAGAAUGAUAGCACAAAA